UAACCAAACAAAAUUAUCAUUUGUCACUUAACAACAACAAUUUCUGUGCCGCUUUUUCUAAGAAAAACGUUAAUAUUACAUUUAUUUAUAAGACAAAUAUAGUUGAAUUAGGUUUAAUAUGAGUGGGCCUAACGGCAUGUUGUAUGGAGGCGAUGAGAUAGGCGCGUUAGUGUUUGAUCCGGGCCACCAUUCGUUGAGGGUUGGGUAUGCUCAAGAAGAUACUCCAAAAGCGGAUAUACCAGCAGUGGUAGGAGUUGGUCCUGCUACUCACAUCCCAGAUCCUGAGGAAAAAGUCCCUGAUGGCAAUAUCACUCAAAGCGGCAACAAAACAGGCAACGAGUUGCGUCACUACAUCGACGUGACAGAACUGCACGUGCCACGGCCCGGCAUGGAGGUGCAGACGUACAUGAAGGAUGGACAAGUCGACAACUGGGACCUGUUUGAGAAGAUGCUUGAUUACUGUUACGCUAAGGUGAUCCGUUCCCCCUCGGAGCACCACCCAGCGCUGUUUACGGAGGCGGUGUGGACACAGAGACCAGCGAGGGAGAAGCUCGCUGAACUGCUCUUAGAGAAGUACCAGGCUCCAGCUUUCUUCCUGGUGAAGAGUGCGGUCGUGGCGGCGUUCGCUAACGGCAAGUCCACGGCGCUCGUAGUCGAUGCCGGCGCCAGCCAGACCUCCGCUGUACCCGUUGUGGACGGGUACGCGCUAGUGAACGCUGCAUUUCGGUCCGCUGUUGGCGGCGACCACUUGGCCGCACAAGCGAAGAACAUGCUCAACAACAUGCACAUACAAAUGCUGCCUGUUUAUAGUAUAGCGAGUAAAGAAGUGAUCCGCGAGCGGGAGCGCGCCCGCUACACGCUCAAGACGUUGCCGGCUGGACUGACUACGUCCUGGCAGCAGUACAUGCUGAAGAGACAGUACGAGGAUUUCUGCCAUUGCGUCGCCCAGAUAUCGGAGAGUCCUUAUGAUGAGCGCACGGCGGCGUCGGUUCCCGGGGUACACUACGAGUUCCCGGGCGGGUACCACCAGGAUUUCGGCCCGGAGCGGUUCAAGUUGACCGAGUGUUUGUUCGAGCAGACCGUCGGCGCGCCGCAUUUGGUAUGCGCGGCGUGCGCGGCGUGCGACGCGGAGGCGCGGCCGGCGCUGUGGGGCGCCGUGGUGGCGUGCGGCGGCGGCGCGGCCGCGGGCGGCUGGCUGGAGCGCCUGGCGCGCGAGCUGGCGGCAAGGGCGCCCUCCUCGCACCGCCUCAAGACGCACGCCGCGCCCUCGCCCAACGAGAGGAGGUUCGCCGCCUGGAUCGGUGGAUCAAUCCUAGCGUCGAUAGGCUCCUUCCAGCAGAUGUGGAUAUCCUCCCAGGAGUACGACGAGGGAGGCAAGGGACAACUUGAGAGGAAAUGCCCUUAACUGAGAGGAAAUUAUAUCGUGUUCUAUUUGCGCACUAGCAUAACGCUUAGACAGCAGGAGUGAAAUAUAAAGUACAACCUAGUGUAAAAGGAAGAAUUUAGGUAUUUUACUGAGUCGAAGAUAUAUAAUGUUAAUCUAGAAAUAGAAGCCAGUCUAAGAUGAUCAAAAAUCAUUCUCAUUUUUCUUUUUGACUUGUUUUCAAAUGUCCAAUUUUGUGAGUUUGACCGCUUUUUAGGUAACGUCAUAUCGCGUUAUUUCCAUACAAAAUUUUUACCAUGCUAGAGCGCAAAUAGUACAGUAAAUUCCUACAGUAAAAGAUCAGAAAAGCAUUCAGGAGGUAACGAAUUGAUUUCGCUAUUUUUUGUAAUUGAUUACAUGAUCAACCCUGGAAUAUAAUAUUUGUAUUGAGUUGUAUGAAUCGAGUGAUAAGAGAAAGUGUGUAUUGAAAAUGAAUGAAUUUUGUAUUGUGCACUGAGAAAUAAAUGUAUUAUUAAGUACAAGA